GUUCGCGUGGGGUGAGAGCCGCAGGGGGGCCCGGCGCCGGCCUCUCCGGCCCGCGCCCGCAGGGGGUGAAGUCCCGGGGCGGGGCAGGCCCCGGCCGCCCAGUUCCUGAUUCUAUCUCUAAGCUGUGCCCCAGGCUAGUGGCGCCACAGGCUCGGGGACCGUGAACCGCGAAAGAUGGGCCCGCGCGGCGCUCAGAGCCUGCCCCGAGGCCCCGGCCUGCGGCUGCCGCUCCUGCCCGCCACCCUCCCGCCGCUGCUGCUGCUGCUGCUGCUGCUGCCGCCGCCGGGCGCCGGAGCCGACCGGCAGCCCCACCUCGUCUUCGUGCUGGCGGACGACCUGGGCUGGAACGACGUGGGCUUCCACGGCUCGCACAUCCGCACGCCGCGCCUGGACGCGCUGGCGGCCGGCGGAGUGCUCCUGCAGAACUACUACACGCAGCCGCUGUGCACGCCCUCGCGCAGCCAGCUGCUCACCGGCCGCUACCAGAUCCGCACAGGUUUACAGCAUGAAAUAAUCUGGGCCUGUCAGCCCAACUGCGUUCCUCUGGAUGAGAAACUCCUGCCCCAGCUCCUGAAAGAGGCAGGCUACACCACCCACAUGGUCGGAAAAUGGCACCUGGGCAUGUACCGGAAAGAAUGCCUUCCAACCCGCCGAGGAUUUGAUACCUACUUUGGCUAUCUCCUAGGCAGUGAAGAUUACUAUUCCCACGAGCGCUGCACAUUUAUCAACGCUCUAAAUGUCACACGAUGUGCUCUUGAUUUUCGAGAUGGCGAGGAAGUUGCAACAGGAUAUGAAAAGAUGUAUUCAACAAACAUUUUUACUCAAAGAGCUACAGACCUCAUAGCUAACCAUCCACCAGAGAAGCCUCUGUUUCUCUACCUCGCUCUGCAGUCUGUCCACGAGCCCCUCCAGGUCCCCGAGGAAUAUCUGAGACCUUAUGACUUCAUCCAAGACAAGAACAGGCAUCACUAUGCAGGGAUGGUGUCCCUUAUGGAUGAAGCAGUGGGAAAUGUCACCACAGCCUUAAAAAGCCGUGGGCUCUGGAACAACACAGUGUUCAUCUUCUCUACAGAUAAUGGAGGGCAGACUUUGGCUGGGGGCAAUAACUGGCCCCUUCGAGGAAGAAAGUGGAGCCUGUGGGAAGGAGGCGUCCGCGGCGUGGGCUUCGUGGCCAGCCCCUUGCUGAAACAGAAGGGUGUGAAGAGCCGGGAGCUCAUCCAUAUUUCCGACUGGCUGCCAACCCUCGUGAAGCUGGCUGGGGGAAGCACGAAUGGUACCAAGCCCCUGGAUGGCUUCGACGUGUGGAAAACCAUCAGUGAAGGACACCCGUCCCCCAGAAUGGAGCUGCUGCACAACAUCGACCCCGACUUCGUGGACAUUUCUCCGUGUCCUGGGAACAGCACAGCUCCAGCAAAGGAUGACUCUUCUCUUCCAGAAUAUCCGGCCUUCAACACGUCUGUCCAUGCCGCAAUUAGACACGGAAACUGGAAACUCCUCACGGGCUACCCAGGCUGUGGUCACUGGUUCCCUCCACCGUCUCAACACAGUGUUUCCGAGAUACCCGCACCGGACCCACCAACCAAGACCCUCUGGCUCUUUGAUAUUGAGAAGGACCCAGAAGAAAGACACGACCUGUCGAAGGAACACCCCCAUGUCGUCAAGCAUCUCCUUUCCCGGCUCCAGUUCUACCACAAACACUCAGUGCCCGUGUCCUUCCCGGACGAGGACCCCCGCUGCGAUCCCAAGGGCACUGGGGCUUGGGGCCCCUGGAUGUAGGAUUUGGGGCGGCCUCGGGUGGGGGCCGGGAAACCUUUCUGUGGCAGGUGGGACGUCAGACCUUUACUAGUAUGAUUCUCAUCUCACUUGUUCUCCCACCCUGCGUUCACCUGUCCCCUCCCUUGCUCUGAAACCACAAUGACGCGUCCGCUUUCAACACCUAGUGCAUUUAAGAAGCUGAUAAAAUCUGGAGCACUCCUGCCGUUGGCUGGGGUGGGUGUCGGAAGGAGAGGGUGAUCGGGUUCAUCCCCUUUUCCGGAGCCAUGGGACAGCCGGGAACUUGAUUUGAAAUAGGAAGUUACGGAGUCCUGGAGGCUGCGACUGCUGGCUCCUUUUGCCUCACAAGUCAGACGUUAGAUUUCCCUGUGCCAAUAGCCAGCUUUUAUUGGAGUGACUCACAUUUCUUGUAACAAAUGAAGGGAGCAGACAGUUGUUCAUGGUGCUCUUGGUCAGGGGCUCUCCCUGCCUGAGAGGUCGUGGUCAGGCGUUCCCUGUGAACAGCCCGCCCUGCUCGGCCCUUGUUCACCCACCUCAUCACUCAUCCUGUCGCAGAGCAGGAGGCCCGUUUCACUGUUAAGGUCAGCAUGGCAGUAUGCCUGCUCUUUGGUUCUGGUUUUUACAGUAAAGAACUGUGUUUUCGUCCCCAAAUUUCCCCCCAGCCUUUGCUCAUUUUGUCUAGACUUCCUGCUACCCCCAACUCUCCUGCAUUUUUUUUUCCUUUUGACUCAGGCAUCCAUCCUGCACCUAAGAAGCUGCUUUGCUUCUCCAUUCUGAGCACCACUGGUGUUCGGAACUCUGAACCCUGCCUGCCUUUUGUCCCUGAACCCAAGUGACAGCCCUGCCCAGAGAAGGGCCGGCUGGCUCCAUGAGCGUGCUCAGGGUAGACGCAGAGGCCUGGGCGGGCGAGGCUUGGGUCUGCGUCAUCUGUCUGGUGAGGAUAUUUCUAGUUACAUGGAGUUUUUGAUCACAACUGCAGCUUUCUCUCAUAACAUAGUAAGUGUCGCACUGCUCUUCUCCAGCAGUGAGGAAAAAACCGGAAAAGGAUGCUGUUCUGAGAUGAGGCAAGUGGGCAGCGUGACGAGGGAAUGGCCGAGUUUGGGAACCCGGCCUCGGUAAAGCCAGGAAGGCACAUCCACCUUCCUCUUACCCUCCCAGUGUUACUGCUCUCGCUGAGGUGCUGGGGUGAGGAAAGAGGCUGCACAGGGUGACCAGCCAGCCCUUCCCAGUCCCACUAAUGCUCUAUUCAUGGGGAUCUGUUUGUAUUAGCUCCACCGUUUCAUUUGCUGCUUAUCACCAAUGCCUGGUGCAGUGCCUGGUACGUCAUAGAAGGCACUCAGUUCACUUUUUACAAAAUAAUGAAUGGACAAGUGAGCAAGUGAGAAAGUCUCACACUGUGAACUGAAUGCAGGGCUAAUAUAAAUAUCUUCCAACCAUUGCUCUUUUGUUCUCACGCUGUCCUCCUGGGGCAGGAGCACAGUCCUCAUGUCUGGGCAGGCGCAGGACGUGCUGCAGUGAAGUCAUGGUGUCCACUCGGGUGGGGUGGAAUAUGCCACCAAAGCGACUCUUCUUUUGCCAGUAAUCCUCGGUUCAGUCUGUUCUUCGUAGGAUACUAGAAACUAAAACCACCAGAUAAUAUGAUAGAGCUCCUGGUGUAGCCAUCGUUCAGUUGAGUAGCUGUAUUUUCUGGUCACCACUCACCUGGAUUGCAUUAAAAUAUGGCUGGAAGGGAAUGGUGCUAGACCUGAAGACACAUUACCAACCUGUACCCCUCUCCUGGGUUGGCAGCCGGCCAGCCCAACGCGGUCACCUCUCACUCCCAAGCCUGUGGCAGAUUUAUGAACUAACUGAGCCUAGUUCAUAGAUGUUCCUUCUGGAUUCUUCUAAUCCAUUAAUACUGCAGAUUGGAGGCUAUUAGGCAACAAUACCCCUUUGCUCACCCUGCUGCACCCUCAGCAGCCGUCCCUGGUUCUGGCGCCUUCACUGCUGUGGACAGUGUGGUUAUUCAUCACUCAGUGGGUUUAAAUUCUAAAGACUUAAUUUUCUGUAAAACUUUUAUCUGAGAUUUUAGUUAACCAAUAAUAGAAUGCAUGUUGUUAGAUUUUCUUUCUCUGUGCCGGAAUGUGGACAGAUUCAUAGGUUGUCAUUAGCAGUAUUAAUGUCAUUUCUUUCUGAAUGUGUUUACCUUUAAAGAAGGGAUCUGUUUAUUUCAUUGUUUUUCUUUGUCACUUCACUGUUGUUCCACAUGUAGGGGACAAAAAUAAUUAAAUGUGUCUCUUAGAAUGUGUCA